UUACAAAAACUGCUUUGGUAGGAUUUACAGUACAUCACUAUUAACUAGUUCAGAAGAAGCCAAAAUGGACAAAAGGUUUUUGGUCUGCAUCUUGGUGCUAUCGUCAGUCUUACAAAUUCAGUUUUGCUCUUCCCAAGAAGUUGAAAUUCGAGUCGGAGCGCUUCUGGGUUUUAACGCAAAUACCUCCCARAAAUCACCAGAAGAAAUCGCUUUCUACCUUGCGAUCGAAUGGAUUAAUCAGAAUGAUUUUUUACCCACGGGAAAACGACUUCGAGGUUUCGUAGAGAAAGUGGAUCCAAACGAUGAUUAUGACUGCAUAUACCAUGCCGAUAAGCUCCUAUCUCUUGGAGUCGUCGCUCUUAUUGGUCCUCUGGCAAGUACGCCAAUCCCAGUAAUCGGACCCUUGACUUCUGUCGCGCAUGUACCGCAGAUACUUCCUCUGACCAGUUGGGACACUUCAGAUUUAGAUGUAGAUGGAUACGAGUAUUUAUUGCGCAUGAGUCCUACCGAGAAACUGAAGGCUCAAGCCAUGAUCGACAUUGUCAAACACUACAAAUGGAAACAAGUUGCUGUUUUAAGUCUACGAGGAGACGAAUACCCAGAAUAUAAUCAAGGACAAAAUGCCUUUCGUAUAUUGGCGUCUGAAAAUGAGAUCGACGUUCUCUUUGAUCGAUUAAUCCCGCCAAAUCCGAGAGACAGUACGAAGAUUAACCCAAAAGAUGAAAUGUAUGGCUUAACUCAAUCAGAUCUAAGGGUCGCUAUUGUGUUCUGCCCAGCUUGGUCUGUGAAGGAACUUCUAUAUGUUGCAAAUAAAUACAAGCUGAUUGAAGAAUGGGCCUGGAUAUUCUCGGAUCUUGGAAGCAGUGAUGUCGAGUUAACUGGCUCAACAGGAGCUGUUCCUACUUACAUGAGAGGCGUGAUUGGUAUGAGGGCCUCAAUAGGCAAAGGAGCUGCAUUUAAUGAUUUGAAGGACAACUUUCAUAAGAAGAUUGACAAAUUGAAUAUAACGACUGACAUCACGGCAGCUGCUGGUCACGUGUAUGAUUCAGUUCUCAUAACRGCGAAAGGAAUUCAAGAUACACUGAAUCAAGGAAUCCAACUGUCAUCUUCACAGAUACCAAAAGGACUGUGUCACAAUGAGAACGAGCCCAGAAAAGGAGGGAGGGAACUCUUUCAAARUAUCAAAAAGACGACCAUCCAAGGUGCAAUGUCUGACUUAGGCUUUGAAGAGACAGGCGAACCAAGAUGUGCCAGCUUUGAUAUAGUGAAUUUAMGAAAAUCUGGCUCUGUGAAACUUGCAGAGUGGGACACAGCUAACAAGCUAAGACAAAUUAACGGCACUAGAGCAGUUUGGAUGUCUGGGAAAACGAAGGUCCCUUUCGAUAUCCCAAACCUUCUCAAGAAUAAAACUAUCAACGUGGUGGCAGUCUUGGCGCCACCUUUUGUCAUGAAGAAGAGUUCGAGUGACAACAAAACCGCAGAGUACGAAGGUUUGAGCAUCGAUCUGCUGGAAUAUAUGAGGAAAGAGCUUGGAUUUCGAUACAAGAUUUCGCUGGCUCCUGAUGGAGUGUUUGGAAGUAAAGAUCGAUUAACUGGGAAAUGGAAUGGUGUUAUGCGUGAGAUCAUAGAUGGGAAAGCAAAGCUAAGUAUCGCACCAUUGACUAUCAACUCUGACGGGCAGAAUGUGGUGGAUUUUACACACCCGUAUAUGACGUUUGGUAUCGCAUUCAUUAUGCGGGUAAACGAAGUCGAGGAAAACUACUUCAGGUUUCUAAAGCCAUAUCACACGAAUCUGUGGAUAGCAAUAUGUGGUAUGGUUUUGACAAUGGGAAUAUUUUUGUGGAAUUUUAGUAUCUUAAGUCCUUUUGGCUAUUAUGGAAGAUAUUCCCAACAUCCAAACAAAUUAAAGGUUAAGCCCAAAAUCAAAGCAACCAAAAACACCCUUAGUUUUGUGAACGCCAUUUGGUCUUCAUGGCUGUGUUAUUUGAGCCAAGGUGGUCAGCACCCGGCAUCUCUAUCGGGCAAAAUUGCGGUAUCUGUGUUCUGGUUUGCAAUAUUGAUCAUGAAUGCUACCUAUACUGCAAAUUUAGCUGCGUAUUUGACGGUGUCAAGAAUGCAAACUCCUAUUGAAACAGUGGAGGAUUUGGCGCUCCAGACAAAGAUUCAGUAUGGCACCCUCGUGAACUCACAGCUACAGAAAUUUUUCCUGGACACCGAUGUACCCAGGUUUCUUGUUAUGGGACAGUUUAUGGAACAGAGAAAAACAUGGAUGCCGACUAUCCAAGCUGCUAUUGACCGCGUGAUGAACAGUAACUUUGCAUUUAUUGCCGACAGACCUAUUCUCGAGUACAUUGCAAGGCAAAAGGAAUAUUGCGGAAAGCUUAAAGUCAUCGGAGGGUUUGGAACCACCUAUGGGUAUGGUUUUGCUCUCCCACUCAACUCCCCCACCACCAAUCUCUUCAAUAUGGAGAUAUUCAGGCUACAGCGAGAUAUGAUUAUGGAUUCACUAAAGCACAAAUGGUCAUCAAAAGAAACUUGUAAGAUGAUUGAUAACAUGAAUAUCAAAUCACAGAACGCCAAAGGAGAAUCAGCGUUUAUACAAAGAAUAGGCUUGUACGACAUGCUCGGAGUGUUCAUAUUCAUGGGUAUUGGCAUCGCYUUGGGAUUCAUAUUCAUGAUCAUCGAGUGGGUAUACGCAUGUAUACGUGAUGUCGCUACAAAGCAGGGUCCUAAGGGAUAUUUGGAAGCAUUCAGCUUGAGGCUCAAUCGUGUAUGCACCGACAUYUUUGUGAAGAAGCAAGAACCCGAAGAASAGYCCACCUCUGCCGAGGUCAUCCAACCUCCWAAAAUGCCAAAACAGUGGACCCGAAUGACGAAAAGACUGAACCCGAAAAACGGUGAACCAUCCACUUACGACAUACAGUCUUACGAAGCUACUGUGUAAAACAUUGCGUGGCAUUUUGGUUGUCACUUGCAACACGAGUAUAAUCAUAAGCUAGCAGCAUACCCAAACUGUGCAGCUUUUAUCAAGUACGUGGCAAUAGUCCAAGAAAUAAUUGCUGUAAAUACGCAGGGGGCGCAAGUCGCAAGUCGAGUGAGCUAYACUCGUGAGAGAUUUUCAACACGAGAAGAUAAAUUUGGUAUCUCCAAGCGCCCAUGUAAUAUUCUGUUUAAUAUAUUCACAUAUUUCUAGUUUUGCUCUUUCGACUUAUACAAUAUUUAUUUACCGUUAUUAUCAUUUUUAUAUUAUCAUUAUUACCGUUAUUAAUCAACUGAACUCAUUUUGGGGGCUGCAAAUAAACCUUAAUGAAAUCUAACAAGUAUUAUAUAAGGACUGUGAAGAACCAGCGAUCAUGCGCAGGGGACUGGCACCGAUUUCCUUUAAACAAGUCAAAUAAAUUCAUAUAUUGGCGGACAUUUGUCAAAACUGAUAGCAGUAGUCAGAAUCUGUUCCCCUGGCUUUUAGUCGCUAAUUGUUUGAUUUCUAACAUAAUUUGUAAUAAAAUAAAACAUGUUAGGAUCCAGUCCCCUUUUCCUGAUGUCUCCAAAUGUGGCUAAAUGCCCCCAUUUUCGUACUACUAACAGCCUACUUAUAACGAAAACAGUAGGCUCUGCGCAACCCUAAAACUCUAUUGAAUUUCAUAGGCUGUUGAAAAUAACAGCGAAGUCUGAUUGGUCAAUAGAAUGAACAAACGAAUAUACCAACGGAAACCAAGUAAGCCAAAUCGACAAACAAGUCGACAUUUAUAGUCAGCGAUUUUGAGAUACAGCAUGCACUCUGACGAUAGGGUCACAAGAUUCUGGCUUCCAGUCAGUAUGGUUUCCCAGACCCUACCAUUUGGCUAAUGAGUAAAACUGACGAGAAUGUAAAUGUCCCUUUGUAUUUUCUCUCAACAUUUGGAUUUCUUGCAGCUGAAGCUAUCUUUUGUCCUACAGCUAUUUACUUAGCUUUAUAUAAAGUGGCCUACCAAUUAAAAACUUUACGAUAAUUCAAUGUGGUCUUGUCAAAUAUCUAAAUUGGCCACUGGAAAAGAAACUGGGCGAGUUUUGAAUUUUAAUCUAAUUAGCAAAAAAGUUUGAUCAUCCAUUAUUACUGCUUUUGAGAUAUCGACUGAAAUGGAAAAAGGCUUUUUCCUAAUAAGAUUAAAAUUCGAAAUUCGCCCCGCUCUCUUGCUCGUUUCCAAAGUGACCAAUGGYUUUAUUCCAGAGAAACGAUUGUACGAUUUUUUUUUUUUGGAUUAAUAUAACCGUAUACAUUCAAAAUUAGUGGACAACAACGUACUGCUUCAUAUAAGAAUGUGACUUGAAAAGUGAACAAGCCUAAUCACCCUCAGGUCAUGCUAUUACUUAUAAUUAUGACAAUAAAAUGCACAAAAACACAUGACCCCCCCAAAGAUGAUUGCGCAUUUUUUUGSAGUCAGUUUAUUCGGACCCUCUCCCUAUUUGCACAAGCCCUCCCCCCAUCCCAUCCCCUCCCAAUCCUCCUCUAACAAAUGGCUGCAUUCUAAGAACUUGUCGUUAUUAAUAAAAACUGGACGUUUUUGAAACUGAAUAAAGUUCUUAUUUUCAA